UCACGCCCGCCGCCGUCGCACCAGCCGCCUCCCAGCCGGCGGGGACCCGGGUUCCACAGGCCUUUCCCUCCCGAAGGCCUCCGCAGCCUUCCCCUGACUGACUGCCCGAGCAACAGCUAACUCCAAAUGGCUGGGUCAGGUAGAGGAAGAGGACGUGCUGCAUUUACCUUCAACAUUGAGGCUAUUGGCUUUGCUAAAGGUGCAGCUCUACCUGAUGUCAUGUGUAAGCCUCCGCCGCCAUUUCCCAGUACAGACAAUAAGCCAGUGCCUCUGAAAACAGGAGAAGAUGAAGAUUACAUGUUGGCCUUAAAACAAGAUCUUAGAGGAACUAUGAAAAAAAUGCCAUAUUUUUUGGCAGUAGAAGAAGAUCGUGAAGCAAUUGAGAGGUACAGUAAAAAGUACCAGGACAGUGAAAAGGAGCAUGCAGCCUGGACCCCAGAUUGGAGAAGACUCCCAAGAGAGAUGAAGCCAAAGAAAAAGACCAAAAAAGCAGGUGCAAAACCAAAAAAGGCAAAAAGCUCUGAGCCUAAAAGUAAUCUGGAUGUGUUGAAAAAAAUUGAGGAGAUUGCCUUGUGACAGGAGUUGGAAAAGAAGGAUGAUGAAGAAGAAAAAUCUGAAGAUGAGAAAGACAAAACAAAAGACAAAGAAGGUGAAGAUGAUGAAGAAGCAGAAGAACCAGAGGAAUAUGAUGAAGAGGAGCAUGAAGAGGAAAAUGACUACAUUUCUUCAUAUUUUGAAGAUGGAGAUGACUUUGGUGCUGGCAGUGAUGACAAUAUGGAUGAAGCAACGUAUUAGCUAUUGUUGCUAGGUGGUACACUGCUCACGCCUUACCCUACUUGAAGUAGAAUUCUGGAGGUAGGCCGAGUAUCAGCAGAACGGAUGCGUUAGCUCUGUUGGUUUUAAGUACACUCUCCAAACACAUGUUGGACAAUUCUUUUUAAUUGUACUAUGCUGUAAAACAGGAUAUGGGAUCCUUUGUUUUGUUCUUUUGCCAAAUGUUUUGCAGACAUGCACCUUUUUAAGGUUCUCUGGAAUGCCUGCUGAUGGACUAAGCUAUAUGCCAUUGUAUUGCCUCUGCACAGAAAAAGAAUGUAUACGUUUUAAUCAAAAUUGUGCCUAAGCAUUUGCACUAGUCAGUUCUAUGCUUUAGCAGUCAAAUCUUGGCAGUAAUAGUGAAAUUCUUCAUGACUGCAGCAAAAAAGAGCUAUGGCCUUUAUGGACAUAAGCUGCUCGUAUUUGGCAGCUGAUUUCUCUGAAGGAAUUUAUGUAACGUCUGAAUUCAGGUGACUGAAAAUAAUUGACCACUAAGCACUUUAAUAUAAACUGACUUGAAAGGACCUUAGUAACAUGGACAAACAACGACAGUAUUUUGAAGAGCUAUUAUUCUAGUUAAAAGAGCUCAUUAUUUUCAGUGUUUUGAUAAAAAGGAACUGUAAUACUUAGCAAUGUGUUACAUUACCU